AAUGUCCCUUGACGGUGAAAGUCCCAGAAUAUUCAGACCCGGGAAGACUUCACGACCAGUGGGCGAACAUAGAACUUGCACGAUCCAUUGACAGCCCUGGAGGUGACCGAAUGCACCCUGAACAUGUUGAAACAAAGCAAAACGACCUUUGAUCGGGUCAUGUCCGUACGUAAUUAAGUACCCAUGAAUAUCGCCUCGAGCCUGGGACAAGGCAGGCUUAGGGUUGUAUCCAACCCCAACAACGACCAACGCGCCAACCUUGGACGUCUGCGGCUUCUCUUGACCAAACUCUUUUUAGUGUUAGAAGAAUUCGUUAGAAGAUUGUCAUCGACGUUCAUUGCAGCCCUGGAGCGCAGCCUUUCCUCAUCGUCUGGGUCGUCAAAUGUAUCUGGACCGGCAUCAAUACUAACCCUAAGGAAAAUCCGUUCCAAGGUUUCGACCUUGGAAGAGUCCGCACCAGGUCUGCUUUCAUGCCUUAGGUCGUGGACAUGCCGACACAGGACAAGAAUGUUCUCGGAGGUAGUGGAGCGGCAACGGUUGUUUCUUCGCCAGUGUAAAGUAGUGCACGUUUCGGUUUGCCGGGUUCUGGGGACAAGACAGGUACAUACCCAGGUAUGUGCACAAGGAUCUCGGUCUGGCCCGGCGUGGCCCCAUCGCUAAAUGGGUUAUCGUCAAGAAUCGCACAUCAUUUCGGACCUCAUGAUGCGCCAUCGUAUGAUGGUGGCUGAAGACCAGUGGGCUGAUCGCUUUGCGAGGUUCAGUAUGUGCCCAUUCUGUUGAAUAUGUA